AUGGCCGCUCCUCGUAGUAAGGUCUUCUUCGACAUCUCGAUCGGCGGUGAGAAGCUCGGAAAAGUCGUCUUCGAACUAUACAACGACAUCGUACCCAAGACCGCUGAAAACUUUCGCGCACUAUGUACUGGCGAGAAGGGCGAGGCCAAAGCUGGCGUGCCUCUUCACUACAAGGGCUCGAGCUUCCAUAGAGUCAUCAAGAGCUUCAUGAUCCAAGGCGGUGACUUCACCGCUGGCAACGGGACAGGCGGCGAGAGUAUCUAUGGCGAGAAGUUCGAGGAUGAGAACUUCGAACUGAAGCAUGAGAAGCCAUUCCUGUUGUCAAUGGCCAAUGCUGGACCAGGCACAAACGGCAGCCAGUUCUUCGUCACAACAGUACCGACGCCUCACUUGGACGGCAAGCACGUGGUCUUCGGUGAGGUUGUCGCAGGAAAGAGCAUCGUCAGACAGAUUGAGAAUACGCCAGUUGGAGUGAAUGACAAGCCAGAGAAGGACUGCGUGAUUGAGGAUUGCGGCGAGCUCCCAGCUGACGCAGACAUCUCGGAGUUCACUAAGAAGGCUGCCGAUAGCACAGGUGACGCAUAUGAGGAAUUUCCUGAAGACCAGCUCACGGAGGGCGAAGACUGGACAGGCGCGAAGAUCGUCGGGAUAGUGGAAGACCUGAAGGCUAUGGGUACCAAAGCAUUCAAGGCUGGCGACCACACAACCGCACUGGCUAAAUACCAGAAAGCUCUCCGCUAUCUGCAAGAGUACCCGGCACCGCUCGACAAUGAUCCACCUGAGCUUGGUGCUCAGCUCACUAAGCUCAAGAUCUCACUUCACACGAACAGUUCUUUGAUGCAAUUCAAGCUCAAUCGGUUCAAGGAGUCUUACGAAUCUGCAGACAAGGCUAGCGCCGUCGAAGGUAUCUCCGAUGCCGAGAAGGGUAAGGCAUUCUUCCGAAAGGCCGUUGCGCUCAAGAGCUCCAAGGAUGAAGAGGGUGCACUGAAAUAUUUGGAAGAGGCACAGAAGCUCGUUCCAGGCGAUGCAGGUAUCAAGAACGAGCUGGCGGCGGUCAAGAAGGCAGCAGCAGACCGGAAGGCGAGGGAGAAGAAGGCUUACUCCAAAGCUUUUGCUUAG